CAUUGCGACUUAGUGGUAGACAUCAAACAGAGCCAUUAAAGCAAGACUGGCAGAAGGGUUCCGAUGCAAGGGCUGCUGGUGGGCGAUGCUGUCGACACCAUUUGCGUGCUCGAGAUGGAGGUCCUGGCACAGGAUCAAGCGGCUCGCGUCCGUGUCGCUGCUGCGGAAGACAAAGCUGCUGCUGCCAAAAUCCAGUUGGAUUCCAUGGCACGCGCGAUUGCUCAAGAGAGGAAGCAAGCUUUAGCAAACUUGCAGCGCUACGAGCGUGACGUCGAGUUGGAGGUGAGUCGGAAGAUUCGGCAAGCCGAAAGCCAUGCACAAGCGGAGGACGUGAAGUUUGCAUGCGAAAUCCUCGAAAAGAUUCUGAAAAUGGUCUUGGCCACCCUUGGCCUCUUGCUUCCAUUAUGCCUUGCAAAAGGGGUUGAGGAGUUGAAGCUGCAAAGUGCUUAUCGUGCGUUGUCAUCAGCAAAAUUUGACUUGGACUGCUUGCAGAGGAAGGUAGCGGCACAUGCCCAGCAUGCUGAAACACUAGCAAAUGAGGCGGAGCGACGCGUUCAAGAGGUCGUCGACCUGGGAAGCUCCUGUGUGGAGCGCGUGCGGCGCGACGGCGCGAACCGGUGUCAGGCAGCUGAGGACUUUGCCCGAGCAGAGGGACAGCGACUUGCAGCGACGAAGCGAAUCUUGGCGUUGCCAGGCCUGUCUUCGCAGUGCCCCAAACAUGGGGAGUACUGAGUGCAGAGUCAGCUCACUUGGGACCGUGCCAAACGUGUAAAAGAUUGAU